GGCAGCAGUACAAUGCAAUGUAUAAUAAUAGAGAAAAAACUGAAUUACAGUGAGUAUGUACAGUAUAUAUUAAAUAGUUAAAUAAGUAUUUCAAAAAUAGAAAUAAAAAAGUAGUGAGGCAAUGUCCAUUCAGAAAUGAGAUGGCAGUGUGGAAGAAGCUGUUCCUGAAUCAAUGAAUCUGUCCCUUCAUGUUUCUGUACCUCCUUCCUGAUGGUAACUAUGAGAACAAAGCAUGACCUGAGUGAUAGGGAUCCUUAAUGAUGGAUGCCGUCUUUUUGAGGCAUCGAUCUUUGAAGAUGUCCUGGAUUCUAUGGAGUCUAGUGCUCAUGAUGGAACUGACUAACUUUACAACUCGAAGCAGCUUACUUCGAUCCAGUGCUAUAGACAGCAUACCAGACAGUGAUGCAGCCAGUUAGAAUGCUCUCCACAGUACAGCUGUAGAAAUUUUUGAGUGUUUUGGAGAUAUACCAAAUCUUCUCAAUCUCCUAAUGAAAGAUAGCCAUUGCCAUGCUUCUUUGUAGCUGCAGCAAUAUGUUGGGUCCAGGUUAGAUCCUCACAGACAUCGACAUCCAGAAGCCUGAAAUAACUCACUCUUCAUUUCUGAUCCCCCUAUAAGGACUGAUGUCUGCUCCUUCAUCUUACUCUUUCUGAAGUCCACAAUCCGUUCUCUGGUCUUCCUGAUGCUGAGUGCAAGAUUGUUGCUAUAACACCACUCAACUAGCUGAUAGAUCUCACUCCUGCACGUCCUCUCGACACCAUCUGAAAUUCUUGAACGCUCAAAGAAGAAAGGGUGGGUGAGUUCUAGGAGAGUGAACUGCCAGUGAAACCAAAGAUCAGAUAACGCGAAGAUGGCGAGUUCUGGAAACACUGUAAAGAAAGAAAUGGUUGCUCGGUUCCACGAGAUUGCUGCUAAAGGAGAUGCAGCAAAAUUAGCCACUCUGCUAACUUGCUCUGUGUCUCUUGUUGAUGAAGUGGAUGAGAAGGGCUGGACUGCUUUGAUGUAUGCCAGCAGGAAUGGACACACUGAGGUAGCCCACCUGCUACUUGAAAAGGGCUGCAAUCAAUAUCUUUCAAAUAAAUCAGGACAGACUGCGCAGGACAUUGCUAAAUUCUGGGGCUACAGAAGUAUUGCUGAUUUAUUGGCAAAUCCUAUACUUGCCGCCGGAAGAGAUGGACUGCAGGAAGAGAAUGAAAACUAUUUCGGCAGAACGCUGCUGAAUAAACUCAGUGAAAAAAGAAGUGAUUCCGAUUGGCUAAAAGCCAAACAGAUUCACCCAGCCACUGUCUACAUCUUAUUUUCCAACUUAAAUCCAUUGGUUAUUUCACCAAACUAUAACGAGUCCAGAAAGCCUGACAUUCAACUCUGCAGGCUGAACUAUGAAGAUGUUGAGCAGGUCUUGGCCAAACCAGAAGUCACUUGUGUUUUUCUCGGAGUAGAGCAGCAGAACAGAAAUCGAGGGUCGCAAAUGAAAUGCUUGGAGGGCAAAGUCUUAGCAGAUAAUGACGGACUUCUUGCCUGGUUUGCGUUGAACUCAGAUUAUGAAUCUGCCAAUAACUUUCAGAUUAAAUUCCCAGAUUGUUGCUUUCUCCAACCAGUUUUGCCACAUCUGCUGAACUUAAACCAGGAGGAGGCCGGUGUGGUUGCACAGGCCAGGUCUGUCCUUGACUGGCACAAGAGAUACAGGUUCUGCCCUACUUGUGGGAGCGAUACAAAAGUUACAGAUGCUGGGUACAAGAGGGUAUGCUUAAAGGAAAACUGUCCAAGUCUACAAGGAAUUCAUAACACCUCUUAUCCACGAGUAGAUCCAGUGGUAAUAAUGCUGGUCAUUCAUCCUGAUGGUAAUAAUUGCCUUCUGGGAAGACAGAGACGAUACCCUCCAGGAAUGUUUUCCUGUCUGGCAGGAUUUAUUGAACCAGGAGAGACAAUAGAGGAUGCUGUUCGAAGAGAAGUAGCCGAAGAGACCACAGUCAAUGUUGGACGUGUUCAGUACGUUUCCAGUCAGCCCUGGCCACUGCCAUCAUCACUCAUGAUUGGUUGCCUGGCUAAUGCUCUAUCAACGGAAAUUAUUGUGGACAAGGCCGAAAUUGUAGAUGCACGAUGGUUCAGUCGGCAGCAGAUAAUUGAAAUUAUGACCAAACAGGAUCACUCUAUAAGUAUUCCUCCGCAGCAAACUAUUGCAAACCAGCUAAUUAAACAGUGGCUUAAAAAGAAUGCAAAUCUCUGAAUGUGUCGCUAGGGUGGCAUCUUUCAAAUAAUCCGCAUUAAGACAGAUGACUUGAGAAGGCCUCACCUGGAAAAGCAGACACUGUAAAUAAAGAAAUCUUCUGUAUACUGAAGUGAGAAUUACAAAUCUGUAUGAAUUUCUGCCUAACUUAUCAAUUGUAACAAUCAAUGUGAGGAAUUUUAACUAUGAAAUUUACAUUUCAGGGAUCACAUAUUCUCAGAUAUUUACCAAUUGAUCAGAAACUUUAAAUUACCAGAAAAUAAUGAUAAAGCCAUAAGCAUUCAACAGAUUUUAACCAGCUGAAUAAUCUGCUCCAACAUCAUAAUUUCUCUAAUUUCAAAUACUUUGUGGACAAUUUUCUUUGCUGUACAAGAAGCAAAAUCACCAGAAAUUGUAGACCAAGUUUUCUUUCCUGUGGAGAUAGUGUCUGACAUUUGUUUCUAUUUUUAGAAUUAUGUUCCACCAAAUACCAGCUUGUAAUCAAAUCAAGAAGUUUUAAAAUUAUUAACUUCUUUGCAAAUCAUCAAUUUAACAUUACUGGAGAUGAUUUGAGCCUUCAGAGAAACCCUGGUGGUCAAUUGAAAUCUGCUGGAAUCUAGUUUGUAACCAGGCAAAUAACAGGUAAUUCUUGCCACUGAAUCAAGGACUUGCCAUUUCCCUUUUAUCACUGAGCAGCAAUAUUGAAAUUCAUAAUAUAGACUUUAAAGGUAAAGUUCUGUUGUAAUUACAUGUUCUUUUUGAAAUUACUAUUUUACUGUAAAACAAAUUUUAUCAUGGUGCAGGAUAUAAUAAAGAUGACCUUUUAAUGAGAUAUUAAAUAUCAAGUCAGUUGCUGCUUUGUUAAAUUUCAAUAAUUGUUUUGUUACUUUUCCUGACAUAGAGUACCACUUACCAUGCUUUGUGGUCAGUAGCAUGCCAUCCACAUUCAAUAUUGCUUAUGAGAAUUAAUCCCACUUUUCAGCACCCCUAUAAAAAACCUGGAAAUUGCUGGCUCCAUUUUCAGUGGGAAGAUUUUAUGUGGUGUCAGUGCCCCCCUCCUCUAAAUCCCAGCAAAUGAACUGAGCAGAAAGAGUCUGCCAACAACACAGAUUAAAUGAACUGACAGUUGACUCCGUUUAGGCACCUGGUUUAGCAGGCUGUC